AUGAUAGAUCAUGUUAUGGGCCGGCCCUCGGUCCAGUUCCGUAAGAUACAAGUGCUGGCUGUCGUGUCAUUCUGGUCUUUCUAUCUCUACAGAGGUGACCGUCACGGCCCGCCAAUCCUCCGCCGCAUCUCUGCCCUUCUGUCCCGGAAGCUCACUGUCUGGCAAUCCGUCCUCAUAACGCUCAUAUAUCUCUACAUUGCCCGUAACUUCGGCAAGCUCCUCGGUCUCGAAUGCCCCGAACCGCUUGCAAAUCUAUACUCGCGCUCAUACUUCCGUGCGACAUGGGUCACGACAGCGCUGGACGCUGGCUUUUGGUCUGCUAUGCGCAUCAAAAGGAAGGGCGUCAGGGACAUCAUGAGCGUCAUCUUCAGUGUAUACUACAUGAUCUGCGCUGAGCAGGCAGACGAGAAGGUCAGGAAGAUCAGAGCCACGCUCACAGUCGACCACUUACGCGUGGCGUGGAACAAAGGCACAACACCAUACCUAGCUGGGCUGACAAACCUGAUGCGCCCGCGGCUCAUGUGGUAUCCGCCGCGUAAAAUCCGCAUACCUAGGCCGCAGGCAAGCUCAUACAAAGAGCCAGUGAUAGGAUGGCUGUAUUUCAACGGGCCAGUGAGCGCCCUGAAGAAACACGACAAGGUUGUCUUGGACAUUCCUGGUGGUGGCUUUGUCGCUAUGGACCCCAGAAACCAUGACGACAAGCUUAUGGGAUGGGCCGGAAGAAGUGGAUUGCCGGUCCUGAGCCUGGAUUACAGGAAAGCGCCAGAGUUUCCAUAUCCAUACGCACUGAACGAGUGCUAUGAUGUCUAUCACACUAUCGUUGCUUCACGGGGAAGAUGUAUGGGGCUUUCAGGGGAACAAGAACCGAAGAUUGUCGUAUCUGGUGACUCAGCUGGUGGCAAUCUUGCCGUAGCGAUGGUUCUCAUGAUUCUUCAGAGCGGUUCGACAGCUACAAGACGAUGGCAAGGCGAACACGCAAUGCCACCCCCAGCCGGUGUAGUCUUAAUCUACCCGGCGCUUGAUAUGAACAUAGGCAACUGGAUGACAGACGAGCAAAUGGCUCUCAUCCGCGACCGCAGAGUAAGGAAGACCAACAAACCAAUCCUGCGACACAAGAGCGAUGACUAUCGGCAUCUUGCACCAAAUACUCCUGGUGUCUCUGAUAAUUCAGACAGCGAAGAUGAAGGCUCCAACAAGAUCAAUCGGACGUCCAGUGGCUCCAAGCCGAUGAGUGAACGCGUCCUCACCUCUCCGCAGACAAUGAUCAAGCUCUCCGCAGCACACACUGGAAAAGAUGGCAGCUCUCUUCCUCAUAUCGACACUGCUAUUGCGGAUUAUGGUCAAACGACUCGGACACCUGACCAAAUGACACCUAUGUUUAAUGGAAUGCCGCCCACUCCAGGUGUAACCCAGCCGCCAACACCAGGCGUACCACAGGAAGCGCUUCCAGCACCGCCUGCUACGGCAAUCAAGACUCGUCUCGCUACAUCGAGUAUGAUUUCAUACUUCAACGAUCGUAUUCUGACUCCAGAGAUGAUGCGUGCUAUGAUCAUUCUGUACAUCGGCCCGCAUCAUCGUCCGGACUUUAGCACCGAUUACCUUCUUUCACCCCUUCUAGCUCCUGAGAGUUUGUUGGCCAAGUUUCCUCGGACGUGGAUGCUGACAGGCGAGCGUGACCCUCUUGUCGAUGAUACGGUCAUUUUUGCAGGUAGACUGAGACAAGCAAAGCGGGCAGAAUGGGUCACAGCGCGAGAGUUAGGGCUGGAUUGGGCGAGGGGCACUUUUAGGGAAGAGGAUUGGGUGAAUGUUGAUCUCAUACCAGGCAUCUCGCACGGAUUUUUGCAAUUCGUAUCUGUCUUCCCCGAAGGAUGGAAAUAUAUCUUCAGAUGCGCAAAGUGGAUGCAAGAGGCCUUUGAAGAGCGACAGCAAAGAGAUGCAUUCGAUGAUCUCAUCACCCCUUUGGAUAUUCAGCACCUCAAUCGCCGGAACUCGGAUUACUUUGGUUCGGGUGCAACAGUUGGCCUCGCAGAGGCAGUGAACAGUCUCGCCUCUUCGCAACGGGCACGCCAUCAUCACCGCUCCGGUACUGCGUCGUCUGCCGACGAAGAUAGGCCACUUGAAAUGACCGUGCUUUCGAAAGGGAAGACGAGAAGUCCUCCCAAGGGUGCGACUGGCGCGGACGCAAAUGGUGGAGCAAGUGGUCACGCCAGAGGCAGAGGCAGAAUAAGGAAAAGUGACCGCGGUAGGAGAAAAAGUCUCGUGAGCUUGGCCAGUGACGAUGAUCUUUUAGGAAGGAGAAUGAAAGGACUUACUGGAGGUCUUGGUGGCGACGGAGUUGUGUGA